AUGAAACCCCUCUCCUUGACCAAGAUAGCCAUCGCUGUCCUGAGCCUUACUGCUGGCCAGGCAUCUGCCGGCCCGGUUGGAUACGCUGUGUGCCAGGCCGGCUGCGCUGGAGUGGUAAUGGCAUGCUACUCUGCAGCUGGAUUCACGUGGGGGGCUACAUUUGGUGCGACAGCUCCAGCCAGCAUUCUGUUGUGCAACGCUGCCUUUGGGAAGUGCCAAGCUGCGUGUGCGUUUGUGUUGUUGGGACCCACGCCUUAG